UGUGAUUCUCCGGCUUCUUUCAUCUUUCAGCCAAACCACUUUGACACACUCCCCUUCCAGCUUCAUACUCAUUAUCCGGCAUUCAUGCAUCAGUCUUUCCUCUCUUAAUUGAUUUAUUGACGCAAAUUAUCUAAAUUCCCUUUCAACAUGGCGGCUCCAGGUGGGCCUAGCCCGCAGCAGAUUGCUGCCAUGCAGCAGCAGUUCGCCGCGGAAGCAGCAAGACGAGGAAUGACCCCCGAGGAAUUCGCAAGACAGCAGCGCGAACAACUGAAUGCAGAGGCCGCGAAGCACGGCAUGACGACCGAACAAUACGUUCAGCAGUUGAGGAUGCGAGCUAUGGCCGCGCACCAGCAGCAGAUGGCCCAACAACAGGCUCAAGCAUCGCAGCAGCAGGGACAAGCGGGCCCCCAGCAGCAGCAACAGCAACAACAGGGACAGCCUGGACAGCCCUCUCCGCCUCAGCAACAGAUGCAGCAAGUCCCUGUGAACCCGUCGAAUCCUCCCGACCCUAAAGCGAUCGCGGUCGCCCAGUUCUUACGCUCCCAGAACCUCAAGUCUCGCACGUGUAUCCUGGACGGACAAAGAAAGGACAUGUUCAAAGUCAAACGCGCCAUCCGCGCCCUCGAAUCCCCCGCCUACGCCAAAGCCGCCGCCAAAAAGAACUCCCUCCUCCCUCCCGUCACCGACCGCGCCUCCGCCGAAAACGUCUUCAAGCUCCUCCCUCUCUCCCUUCUCGCCCUGCGCGUCUCCAAAGUCGACCCGCACGCCGGCCACAACCACGCCAAACCGAAGACCCGCGUCAAGGGCCUCUGGACCGUCAAGAUCGAGCAGCACCAGGAGACAGACCCCAUGAUGCACUACGUCUGGCUCUACGAGGGACCCCAGUGGAAACAGAAGGCCAUGGCCGCUGCCGUCGUGGCGGGUAUCUUUGCCGUUGUCCUCUUCCCGCUGUGGCCCAUCAUGCUCCGCCAGGGCGUCUGGUACCUCAGCGUCGGGAUGAUGGGUCUGCUGGGUCUCUUCUUCGCCAUGUCCAUCUUCCGUCUGAUUCUGUUCUGCGUGACCGUCUUCGUCGUGCCUCCCGGCCUCUGGUUGUUCCCUAAUCUCUUCGAGGAUGUCGGAUUUAUUGAUAGCUUUAAGCCUUUGUGGGGUUGGCAAGAGAGCAAGAAAAAGAAGAAAAAGUCCAAGAAGGCCGUUGCUGGCGCUGAGGCCGCAGAGCCACAAACUGCAUCGGGCAAGGGAGAUGACGCUACCCCUUCCGCGACCACAACAGCAACACCUGCGGCAGAUUCCUCCGGCGUCUUGAAGCGCGACCUGGCGCCCAAGGUGGAAGAAGCCACUGAGGAGUAAAUGGCAUAGAUGGGUUGCACUAGGGCAUGAUCUUAGGAUGCAUCGUAUCGUAUCAACGAGUUGCUUUGCCUUUUGGGUCAUUGUGGUUGUUCUGGGUCAUGUUCUGGACCUUGGGUUUCGUGUUCAUCGGAUGAAUAGCCACGUAUGACUAUGUUUCUUAAAAUAUAUGUUCCUUCGGGUUGGAGUAAGGUUUCACUUGCUUGAAUUGAUCACAUCCUCGUGGGUCAUAGAGAAUUAUGCAAUUCCUGUAUUAUGAUCCUUUAAUCGGGAGGAUGCAGUGCCCAGUGCUGAUGUCAAAUCGGAAGAUU